AUGCCACUUACUUCUGGGCUGUGGACCAUUCACCCACAUGGAGAAGUCCUUCUAAGGCUAUCAAAACAUGGGCCAGGCCAUGAGGCCCCGAUAACCAUCCCUGAAUUUUUUCGGGAGUCAGCUAACCGAUUUGGGACUUAUCCGGCCCUCGCAUCAAAGAAAAGAGGACAAUGGGAAGUUCUGAAUUUCAGCCAGUACUACGAGGCUUGUUGGAGGGCUGCAAGAGCCUUCAUCAAGCUGGGCCUGGAGCGGUUCCACGGAGUUGGCAUCCUGGGGUUUAACUCCGUCGAGUGGUUUAUUGCUUCUCUUGGUGCCAUCUUAGCAGGGGGCCUUUGUGUUGGUAUUUAUGCCACCAACUCUGCGGAGGCUUGUCAAUACGUCAUUACUCGUGCCAAAGUGAAUGUCCUGCUUGUUGAAAAUGACCUGCAGUUACAGAAAAUCCUUUCGAUUCCACAGAGCAGGGUGAAGACCCUAAAAGCAAUCAUCCAGUACAAGCUGCCAAUGACCAACAGCAAUAAACACGACGUGUACUCUUGGGAUGAUUUCAUGGAACUUGGCAAUAGCAUCCCUGACUCCCGGCUGGACCAGAUCAUUGCGAGCCAGAAGCCCAAUCAGUGUGCUGUGCUCAUCUACACUUCCGGGACCAUGGGCAACCCCAAGGGAGUGAUGCUCAGCCAUGACAACAUCACGUGGACUGCUGGGGCUGUGGCGAGGGACUGUGGCUUGUCUCACGCCGCAGAAAUGCAGGAGGUGGUGGUCAGCUACCUUCCCCUCAGCCACAUUGCAGCUCAGAUGAUGGAUAUCUGGGUGCCCAUGAAGAUCGGGGCUUUCAUCUACUUUGCUCAGCCAGAUGCGCUCAAGGGCACCUUGAUCAACACUCUGCAGGAGGCAAAGCCUACCGCGUUCCUGGGGGUGCCCCGAAUUUGGGAGAAGAUGCAGGAGAAGAUAAGGGAAAAUACUGCCAAAGCCUCAAACUUGAGGAAGAAGGUGUUUUCAUGGGCAAGAACUAUUGGUUUAAAGAUCAAUACAAAAAAGAUGUUGGGGACAUAUGACACUCCCAUGAGCUACCACAUAGCAAAGACAUUCGUGUUCAGCAAAGUCAGGAGCGCCCUUGGCCUUGAUUACUGCCAUUCUUGUAUCAGCAGUGCUGGGCCCCUCAGCCCAGAGGCCUCCGAGUUCUUUCUAAGCCUAGACAUACCUAUAGGCGAGAUGUAUGGCAUGAGCGAAAGCUCAGGAACGCACACUGUUUCCAACCAGGAUAACUACAGGAUUCUAAGCUGCGGAAAAAUCCUAAGUGGGUGUAAAAAUAUGCUGUACCAGCAGACCGAUGAUGGCAUUGGGGAGGUCUGCAUGUGGGGCCGGCAUGUCUUCAUGGGCUACCUGGAAAGAGAGGAAGAGACCAAGGACAUCAUCGACAAGGAAGGCUGGCUACACACCGGGGACCUGGGCUGCAUGGACAAGCAGGAUUUCCUCUACAUCACUGGCCGCAUCAAAGAAAUCCUCAUCACGGCCGGCGGCGAGAACGUGCCCCCCAUUCCUAUUGAGAACAUGGUUAAGGAGAAGAUCCCCAUCAUCAGUAAUGUUGUGCUGGUAGGAGAUAAGGCCAAGUUUCUGAGCGCCCUGCUGACGCUGAAGUGUGAGAUAGACAAGAUGAGCGGAGAGCCACUGAACAGGCUGAGCUUGGAGGCCAUCAAGUUCUGCCAGAGCCUGGGCAGCCAUGCGUCCACCGUGACUGAGAUCGUGGAGCUCCAGGACCCCCUGGUCUACAUGGCCAUUCAGAAAGGCAUCGACGCUGUGAAUCAGGAAGCCACCUCUAAAGCGCAGAAGAUUCAGAAGUGGGUCAUCUUAGAGAAGGACUUUUCCACCCACGGUGGAGAGCUGGGUCCAACGACAAAUAUUAAGAGACAUUUCAUAACCCAGAAAUACAAAAAGCAAAUUGAAAACUUCUACCACUGA